UUAUGAGAUUUUUUCAACGUAUAUGCAUUCUUAAUAGACAUAGGACGCAUCGUGCUUAACGGGGCAUUAUAGUUUGCUCUGGCCGCUCUAUCAGCCAAUACAGUCCCUCGCUCAAUAUUUCUCCCGUAUGUUACCCCAUGCAUUAUUUUUUGCACAGGUUUUUGAUCUUGUAAUUCGAAAACCGAGAUUAAAUAAAAACAUUUUGCAAUUUUUCCUGAUUCGUCUCAUCUCGUCAUAGAGUAUGUGUGCCGGGAAGCCACCACCACACAUACUUUUCCCAUUGGAAACCACUAAAAACAUAAACAACUCCAGAUGAAUUUUGCAGUUUUUUGCAAAAAAUUCAAAAUUCCCACCAAAGCUCGUGAACUUUUUACCCCACCGAGUUCAUCAGUUUCGCCACUAUGUGAUUUAUGAGGAUUAGAAUAACAUAAAAUAUUGUCAACUCUUAAACCCGAGUACCUGAGUCAUGCAAACGGCUUUUCCACCUCCUACCCUGUCAAAGGAAUAGUGUAUGGUCGAAAUAGCAGGCAGAUGAUAAAUUUGAUCUGUAGUAGAAAUUUAACACGGUUUGUCAAUGUUAUCUUUUUAAUCGACGGUGGAUCGCCAAACACAUUUUUAUCUUACAAGGCCAUGAAAGCCAUCGCGCCCGAAUGUGAAGUCCUGCAAGCGAUGCAUAUUUACAUUCACACGCCAUCAGCGGUAACAAUAUGUAAUCUCUCCCGCGGCCACUUUGAGGAAAUCAAUAUACUUGGCACUGAUUUCUUUAAAAAAUUGCGACUUAAGACGGUCAUAAAUUAUUCGAAGGACACGGUAACAAUUUUUGAAACCGGGAAGGUUAUUUGAUGAUUUCCGAGCCGGUGCAUCUGCACAAUCGGUACAUAUAAAGUUGGGAGUAAUAUCAUGUGAGAACGUACAGGAACAUUUGUGAGUUAAUUGGAAAGUUUACUGGAUAUCAUGGAGAUCAUGAGUAUAAACUCCUAGAGUUUGAUGGGGAGACCAAUUGGCGACUGAUUAUCUCAUGGCUUCUUUCAGUGGAGGGGGUGGAGGUCACCCACCACCAGUGCCAGCUCAUUCUUGGCAAAGUGGACAGUACAGUCCUUCAAACAGCGGUGGCGGGGCUGGGGACGGGCAAGUACAUCAUCAAGUCUCUUCACAGCAUAAGAAGACCGACCAUCAAAAGAACAAGACUCAUGAAACAGUGGUGAACAUGUUAUCAAUGUUGACUUUAGGUGUGGAGGACACUUCAUAUGACCCGGGGGAUACUAGCCCUUCAACAUCCUCUUCCAGAAAUGACUAUGGAGCCGCAGACAACCAGAGGAUGCUCUUGUUAAGCAUGGCCAAUACUCCGGAGAGCUGUUUAACCCUUCGCAGAGCUGGAUGCAUUCCUUUGCUCGUGGAGUUGAUUCAUCCCCCGAGAGAGACGGAGGGGAUGCAUCCUCCAGAAAUUAUUCAAGUCAGAGCUGCACGAGCGCUCAAAAACAUUGUACAAUUCAAUCCGGACGAGAAAGAGAAAAAGAAAGAGCUUCGAGUUUUGAGACAUUUGGAGGGGAUUCGCCUCUUCACGGAAGCUGUGAAAGGGCUGCUGAAGAAGCAGAAGAGUGAUGCGGAGCAAGAACAGGAUUCUGAAGAAAAGCGAGCUACGACUGCGUCCUCGGAAAAUAUUCAGCAUCCAACGACCAGUCUAGCAGCAAUAAUGAGGUCGUCCUAUGACGAACAGCAUCGUUUCACAAUGUGUCUUCUAGGAGCGAUUCAUGCUCUGGCUGAUCUUACAGUGUCGGACCAUCUCAUUCACGGGAAUGAUUAUCAAAAUAUGAAAGAAGACUGUAUAAAUUUACGUCGCCAUACCGGCAUGGCACUAACCAACCUUACCGUCUAUGACAAAACGAAUAAAGCUCUUCUCUGCGGAAUGAAGGAUUUUUUAAUGUGCCUCGUGAACCAGUUGGAGUGUGACAACGAAGACAUUUGUAAAAUUAGUGCCAGUGUCUUACGUAACUUGUCAUGUCGGGUGGACAGCGCUUCAAUGGCGGCUUUGAGCGAGGUUUCUCCCUGCUCGAAAUUAAUGCUCGCUGCAAUGAAGUGUCAAAAGGAAACAACACUCAAAGCAAACCUGGGCGCAGUUUGGAACCUUUCGGCACAGUCUUCUAAAAAUAUGGCGGACAUUAGUAUGGCAGCUGACGACGCUUUACCCUUUCUAAUUUCUCUCAUGAAACUGAACAACCCCAUGAUGAAAGAGAUGAAAAAUCCAAUGACAAUAAUCGAACACUCGUCUGGUAUACUUCGCAAUAUUUCCGGACAUCUCCGUGCUUCUCCCAGCCUGAAGAAAAUCCUGAGAGAAAAUCAUUGCUAUGAAAUUCUGUUGGAUCAUCUCAAGUCAAGCAGCAUGCUUGUUGUUGGCAAUGCGUGCGGAACAUUGUGUAGCCUUUCAGGAGGACCCGAAUGCGAGGAAGAUCAGCGUAAAUUAUUGGAUCUCAAUGCAAUUCCAAUGCUCAAAAGUUUGGUAUACUCGAAAGACCAAAGAAUUUCACAAGGAUCCAGCACCGCUUUGCGUAACCUCUUGUCGUCCAAAUUCGCAAAGGAAUAUACUCCAAAUCUUGACUCAAGACUUAGUGCACAAAUCUAUACUACUACUAAUACAACUACUUCCAGUGGUCAUCACUCUGCUCCACCUGGUUCAGACCGUAGCGGCAGCUACAUGAACAUACAGCAAGCUCACAAAUCACAAAGUUCGGAUUCUAACCAAAAUGAAAAUGAUCACGGAAAUGGAAAUUCUUCUUCAGGGAAAAAUAAUGUUUUCAAUAAUCAGCAGCAACCGCACACCAGAAUUAUACAGCCAGAACCUCCCCUAGCCCAUCAGCAAUCUACGUCAUCGGCUGCGAGCCUAUUUCAACCAAGAACGUCUAGUGCCAAUUCUGGUAGUCGGAUUCAAAAUCCUGUCGUCCAAUUCCAUAACCAUCCACCCCUUUCAUUGCCACUCGGAGGAGGAUACAGAAAUAGGCCAUCGACUAUAAAUUACAAUGACACUGAACCGCUCGACUUGACCAUUACUUCUGCAAAAUCUUCCCCCAUCCAUAUCAUAUCUGCAGCAGAAUUCGCCGACAUGGGGAAUCAUCAUCAUCAACAGCAGCAACAUAAACUGGGGAGAGGGAAUCCCGCUGAUGGAGGACAAACUAAUAAAUUCCAUCUCAGCAACCGAUCUCAAUCUCAACAAGGUCAACCAUUUCACAGGUUGUACAACACCAAUCCUGGUGGCCUUGUUCAUCACCAUAAUCAUCAAAAUCACGACCGUAGCACGGAUAUGUUGGAUUCUUCUUCAAUAUCGAGAUGGCAAAAUAAUUACUCAAACCCGAAUAAUUUCAAUCGGAGUUGUCCCGAAAUUUUGUUUCAAAUUCCAAACACCCAUCAAAUUAGCGUCCACGAUCCGAAACCCGUAGAUUAUUCUGCAUCUGGUUCUGCAUCAUCAUCAUGUCGUGGUGGAGGAGGCGGAGAAGGGGGCGCUAAUUCGGACAGCCUGAACGACUCGAAUGGUGGUGGUGGCGAUACGACAUUUAAUUACUCACUCAGAUUUGCAGAAGAUGACGGUGAUGAGGAUCAUCAUCACACCGGGGGAAAUAAUAAAUCAGAUGACACGGUGAAAACCUACUGUUAUGAAGGAACCCCACAAACAUUUUCAAAAUCCAAUUCAUGUCAAGAUCUCGUCCAAGAAUUAGAAUUUGAACGAGCUGAAGCUUCUUCAUCAUCUAAUCCUAAUGAUUGUCAUGGUGGGGGGUUUGGCAAGACUGCUGGUUCGCUAGCCAACAAGUUGCAACCCAUCGAUGAAGUAAAACCUUAUUAUGUAGAAAACACUCCGGCAGCAUUUUCACGAGCUAGCUCACUUAGUUCGAUCCACUCCUCGGAUGAAGCGUUGCACGAGGAAAACGCAGACUUUGCAGAAUCUUCAGAACAGCAACAACAAAAACAACAGAAUUUAAAGUCACCUGAAAAACAUGUCGAUUCUCAGCAAAGUUUGACAAUUCAAAUUCCUCCACAACCAAUUCCACGCAAGAGGAGCAGCCUUCCGCAUACGCCUCGAGUAACAUUCUCUGCAGAAGAGACCCCACUAAUGUUCUCGAGAUGCAGUUCCGUCGCCAGUUUGGACAGUUUGGAUGUCGGGCAGGGAGAAUCUGGUGGAGUUGGUGGACAUCGGAAUGAUGACGAUCUUAGUGACUACAGUCGACGAGAAAGUGAAGUUGUGAGCCCAUCAGAGUUGCCAGAUUCGCCGAGAGCGUUAGUUCCUCCAGUGAGAUUUUUGGAAAGGAACAAUGGAGUCCGACCAGAGCCAAAAGAACGAAGCAAAACGGAACACAAAAAUUGCGACGAGGAUGACGUAAAAGUUUACUCUGUUUCGAUGGUUGAAAAGAGUGGGUUCAAUAGUUGCCGGAGCCUCAGCCCACUAACUGUGGAUGGAGAAGAGCUGGAAAUCAUUAGAAAAGAUAAACUUGAUGCUGUCGGACAGGGAAGAGAAAUCCCACUCUCUACAUCAGAAGAGACUCCAACGGGUGCCGUGGGAGGAGGAGAAGAAGAGGGCAAUACUGGUGACAAGCCUGUACCGGUGAAGAGAGCUGCAUUUCCUGACGAUGAGCUCAAAGUUUUUGCUAUGGAAGGAACCCCAUUUUACGGAGUAUCUACCGCAACUUCUUUGAGUGAUUUAAUGGCGGAUAUUGAAGACACUCCGACAGGAGGUGAUAUUCCAACUAAAUCUAAUCGGCUACAAAAACCGAAUCAACAGCAAGUUGCAGCUGGAGAAAUCAGAUCAACGGAAGUUCAAAAUGCAGAAAAUGCUGCUCUCGCUGUCGUAAAUGCAGAGAGCCAACCCCACAAGAAAAGUGUGCACAAUGUAAAUGGAGAGAUGGGAAAAGUAGUUGAAGGAAAUUCCAAGAAACUUGACGAGUCUAUUACUACAACUACAGGUGAAGAGUCAAUUUAUAGUGAUGCUCAACUACUGGAAAAAUGCAUUAGAGUCGGAAAAGCAAUGGGGAUUCCCAAGAGUCAAUCAGAAUUUCGAAUAUCUGACAAUGAAAACCUUCCCACUGGACAAACAGGAAUCAAAAACCCACUACAACCCAAGAUGUCGAGCAGUAAUAACGUUGGAGGAAAACAAAAGCUGACCAGCAAGUCGCAAGACUUUGAAUUUGACGAUCCCGACCUGGCUGCUCUCAUUCAGAUUGGGCGUAAUCGAACCAAAGACAAGGAUAAGACAUCGUCCAAAAAUAAAGGGAGCAGUAAAAAGACAAAUGGGAAAACAAAUAUGCAUAAUUCUUCUUCUUCAAUGGCACCACCACUUCCUAAAUCUAAUCCUCCUCAUGCUCAACCAGCAGCAAUUCAAGGUGACAAUGAAAGUAAAAUCGUCACUACCACCAUGGAGAAAGUAGUUAUGAAUCAGCACAAUAAUGCCACUGGUCAGACUGAAAAUUUAACACCAGUAGUGGCACUGUCACCAGAAGACAAUAAAAAUGAUGUAUCACUUACGUCUAAUCAUGAAACUCGUCCAAAACUGGACAAGUUGGAUUCUACUGAACGCAAAUCAACGGAAGAAUGUUUCUCAAGUGUUUCGGAGGAAAGUCCGUUAACAAAUUCCAACAAUAAUGAAUCAGAAUCAAAUGGGUCGAAUGUCACAUCUAACUCUGACCUAGGAUCGCAUCAAGUUGAUGCGGUACAAACACCUCUGGACCCAAACCAGGUUUCGACAAUGUCUAUUGGAUCGGAAUGGAAUGACGAGACGCCAACAUUCUCUUCUCCAAUUCCAUCAAUGUCUAUUUCUACCGCCUUCAAACUUGCGGAGAGCAUUAAUGUCGAGUCCUUGCCUAUAGACAAGAACAGCAAACCUCCGCUUCCACCCAAAACUCGUUCCUCCCUUGGGAAUAUUAAACAGCAAAUGAAUAUGAACGACAGCAUGAACUUGAGCUGCUACUCUGUCGCUUCCUCUGUUCAAAAUGAUCUUUUGGAUAAUGUAGAGCCUCCCUCGAUCUUUUCCAACUUGGUGUCUUCCACAGAUUGUGUUGCUGGAAACCUACAGAUUAAUCCGAAAUCUCAAACCUCAUCCAACCUAUCGGACAAGCUGAAUAAAAAGUGGAAGGCGUUAGUCGAUGGGGGAAACACCAGUUCAAUAUCUAACUUAACUGGACAAAAACCACCACCGGAUUUCGACAUGGAAAACAGCAUGAUCUCAGUGGCUAGCAUCAAGUCAGAGAUUUAUGAAUUAUCCUCUUCCAAUGAUGUGUUUGAAUCAGCAGUUGAGGAUCAAGCCAGGCAAGGGGGAGGAGGAGGAGGAGGAGGAGAUAACAGCAUAGGCGCAAAUACGUACACAAUAUUUCCCCCGGAAAAUGCUAAUCGAUUAUCCGGUGUAAAGUCUACAGAUUUAAGCGACGGACGGAACACGGUCAUAAGUGAGGAUUUCACAGAUGCAGAAGACAUUGAAGAAUUUGAAACCGCUCCGAUGGAGGAUUUGAGUGAGGAUGGAAUUGUUAAACCAGAAAAGACGGACGAUGAGAAAGAAAUCACAACAAGUAAUAAAAUACCAAUUGGUACAGUUUCUCCCUCAAACGCUCAAACGAAACCGUUAAUGGAGGUCCAUCCACUUGUCGAAACAAACAAGUAUAAUACAUUUGUGGUGAAAAAGUCUCCAAUGUCGUCGCCAAGAGCCUCUCCACGACAAAAGCGACGCGAUGAUCCCGACCGAUACAGGACCCACACUAUCAAUCCGGUCAACAUGGGGAAGGCAUUUACACAAGAUGCGAAUGGAAACCCAGACUUGAAAUUCGCCACUUUCAGAGUCGGAGGUCCCAAAGUUAUCAAGCCACAAAACAUGAAUAAUGUUGCUCUUGUUGAUUCAGACUCUAGUAAUUCGCAGACAUCAACUCCUGGUCACUCCCCGAAAGGGAUUCGAGGACGGCGGAGACCACUAUACAGCUCUCUUCCACCGAGUGCGAUUGUUCGAAAGCAGAAAACUGCUCCGCCACCCGUACCUCCAAAACCUGCAAGGCAAGCGAGCUCAUCACCUGCCCGGAGUACGACCAGCUCCAUUACCGGUACUUCUUCUGGGGUGUACGUCCGUCCAACUAGAACAACUGAGUUACGAAUUGCGGCAAACAAUGGUUCCAGGGAUACUUCUCCUAUGAGGAAGAAAGGAGGAGAAACUCUGAGUAGUCGCAACAGUUCGAAUUCCAGUCUCAACCUUAUUCACGGAACGUCCUCUCGAAUGUCUGAUUGUGGAGGAUCCAUCAUCUCGUCGGCCUCCGAAAGACCAAAAGUCGCACCCAAGCCCCCUGUGAGGACCACCCCUUCUGCAACCUCCACCUUUUCCAGUUCUGGGUCCAACGUGCCGAUUCACAUCAAAGCGAGCAAUUCCUCAUUCGGACUAGGACAACAGGUCAAAAUGACCGAUUCUAACUUGAAGGGAUACAGCACUCUCCCAAAAUCGAGCAAAUUUCGCUCUGAAACUCCCUUUUCUAUGGAUCGCUACUCUACCGGAGGUGAAAGCAAAGAAAGCAUUCCUGGGAGUGAAAAGUCUGGAAAGAGUAGUGGAAUUGGAAAAAUUACGAAUUUGUGGAAAAAGAUGGACUUUCGGAGCCACACCAACAACAAGGAUGCGCAACAACAACAAAUCACAACUACCGGAAGUGGCAAUGUCAACUCAUCAUCUGAUACUGGCAAAUCGAACAACAAGUCGAUCUUGCAAAAUUCAGAAAAAGACAUCAAAAAAUCGAACCCGGCUAAAUCCAAGCUUCAAAACUUUUUUGGUCGAGGGAAAAAAGAAAAACCCCAAACCAGUGGAAUUCCAAAAAGUACAUGUCAGAAGCAGCCCUUUCGUGAGCCCCUUCCCAUCCAUUCAGAUCCUGUUUGUAAUAUUGUUUCUGCUGAUACUGCACCUGCUUCAACGAGCAACAUCCGGGUGAGAAGGGACGGGGACAUUAAUAAAGUCAUCGUGCCACCUUUCAAUUACACGCCUCCUGAUCGAUCCACGACAUCCGCUACAAAUAAUGUCAAAAAAAGGACUGAUAAUAAUGAUGAGCCAUCCAGCACAGCACCACUUCGAACUUCCAAAAUCACGACUGUGUGAUCGAAUUGUUUGUUACACAUUAAACCAUUUGUUUUUCAGUAACUAGUUACUUAUUUGCAGUCAAUUUAAAUUGGCUUUGUUACUUUACGUUCCAUACAUAUACCUGAACUGAUUUUGAUUCGUGUUAAUUAAUAAUGCAAGAAUAUUUUAAUUCGUUUUAACUAAUAAUGCAAUAGUAUUUUGACUUCAAUAAGUUUUAUUUGUUUUAGACUGAUGACAUUUUAUGAACGGAUCUCGAUUCUAUUAUUUUAUGCUAAAAGUCGGUAUCGUGUCUUGUGGCAAUUUUUAUAUAAGAUUAUAAUACUUGAAAUUUUAUGUAUUUAUUAUUUAUGUCGUACUACAAUUAUUGUCUUGCGCCUAACCUACAUAUUUAUGCAUCCUGACCUUAUUAACAUUCCUAAAUACUUUUAUGAGAUUAUAUUCAUGUCGAAAUUAUUUUGUGCCAAUAUAAAAUGCUAAUAUUUUUAACUAUGAACGUAAUUCUGUUUUUGUUGCAAUAUUGUAAUAUUUCGUGGAUAAUCAGUUAAUGUGUGCUUAAUUUUUUUUAACUAAUUUAUAAUUUUAAAUAAUUACAUUUAAUGUAAGGUGUUGACGUACAUACUUUGUCUGCAAAAUAAUAAUAAAAUUUCCUCAUGCGUAUAUUGUCUA